AUGCCCAAGCCGAAGACUGGACCACAACGCCUGAAACUCCUCUCACAUUCCCGUCCGCCUCUCGCCAACGCAGCCACAUCAUCCACGACCCAAUCCUCGCGAGCCACGCGCGGCACGAUCCGCAACUACCACACGGUCCAAAAGCGCCUCGCACACGCCUUGGCCAACGGCGACGAUGCUCUCGCCGAGUCACUGCAGUCCCAGCUCUCCGCCUCCGGUGGCCUGCAAGCUUACCAGGCGGCCUCCACGAUCGGCCAGUCCGCCCAGCGCGGAGGCGACACUUCCAAAGUCCUGGUCGAAUGGCUCUCUCCAUCAGCACUGACGUCGGAAAGGAGCGCUGAAUCAGACCACCACCACGAUUCAGAGACCGCGAAGCAGCGGCCCCUACGCAUUCUGGAGGUCGGCGCCCUGAGUACGACGAACGCCAUCAACGUGCCCGGCGAGACGGUCGUGCGGCGCAUCGACCUCCGUUCCACCGCGCCGGGAAUCGAGCAGCAGGACUUCAUGACGCUGCCCAUCGAUGGUGCGCCCUGGCGCGGGAGUGAGAGAUACGAUGUCCUCAGCCUGAGCUUGGUGGUGAAUUUCGUCGGCAAUCCCCGAGAACGUGGACGGAUGUUGGAGCGUACGACAGAGUUCCUGCAGAGUGGACAGGAGGAGGGGUCGCAGCAACGGCGUCAGAAGAAGUUGUUGCCGGCCUUGUUCCUCGUGCUGCCGCUACCUUGUGUGGACAACUCCCGGUAUCUCAAUGAGGAGCGACUGACGGCUAUCCUUCAGAGUCUGGGGUACGAGGAGCUGCACGUGAAGAGGUCGAGCAAGCUCUACUACUCACUAUGGCGCUACGAUGCAAACCGACACCACGUGCAGCAGCAAAGAAAAGUCGUCUUCAAGAAGGAGGAGCUGCGGUCAGGUAGAGACCGCAACAACUUCUGCAUCACCACGGGAUGA